UGGGGACUCUGCUGAGGACGCCGGGAAGGACCCGUAGUCCGAGGCCAGGAGCAGCAGUUGGGCUUGGUCGAGGCUGCUGACAACAUGUCCCGCGUGUCGGUGCCCUGCCAUGUGAAAGGUACCGUGGCCCUGCAGGUGGGCGACGUGCGAACCUCCCAAGGCCGGCCUGGUGUGCUGGUCAUCGAUGUCACCUUCCCCAGCGUCGCGCCCUUUGAGUUACAGGAGAUAAUGUUUAAGAAUUACUACACAGCCUUUCUGAGCAUCCGUGUUCGCCAGCAUACCUCAACACACACACCAGCCAAGUGGGUGACCUGCCUGCGGGACUACUGCCUCAUGCCUGAUCCACACAGUGAAGAGGGAGCCCAGGAGUAUGUAUCGUUGUUCAAGCAUCAGAUGCUGUGUGACAUGGCCAGAGUACUGGAACUGCGCCUGAUUCUGCGACAGCCAUCACCACUAUGGCUGUCUUUCACAGUGGAGGAACUGCAGAUUUACCAGCAGGGACCAAAGAGCCCCUCCAUGACCUUCCCCAAGUGGCUCUCCCACCCAGUGCCUUGUGAGCAGCCUGCUCCCCUCAUUGAGGGUCUCCCAGACCCCAACAGGGUAUCCUCCGAGGUGCAGCAGAUGUGGGCGCUGACAGAGAUGAUCCGGGCCAGUCACACCUCUACAAGGAUCGGCCGCUUUGAUGUGGAUGGCUGUUAUGACCUCAACUUGCUCUCCUACACUUGAACUAUGUCUCUUAGCCAAGAUGUUGGCCUUCCGUGUCCACCCAGACCUGAUUUGGGCCACCAGAGGCUGAAGUGCUUUCCCUGUGCAUUCCGAGUGUUG